CGCACGAGCUCGACGGCGCCCGCCCGCUUACCUUUCCACUUCCCUGCUACCGCCGCCCCUCUCGUACUGUCGUCGCCCGCUGAUCUCAUUUUACCAUCGACAACAAGCUCAUCAAGGUCCAUAUUUGGGACAUGGGACCUGAGCAUGUAUUUUAUGAAUUGACUAAGGCGCUGAAAGAUCCUGCAGAUUUUGUAGAUUUUGAUCUGCCAUCUGCGUUGAAAGAAUGGAAGCUGGGCUACUACAUACCAAUUAAGCGGAAUAUUUAUCUCACUAAGAAGCGGGUUGAAGAUGAUGGCAUUUUUUGUUCCUGCUCCCUUUCUUCUGAAUCAUCAGUUACUUGUGGAAAAGAUUGCCAAUGCGGGAUGCUGUUCUCUUGUUGUUCAUCAAACUGUAAAUGUGAGAACAAGUGUGCCAAUAAAUCAUUCCAGCUCCGAUCUUUAUUCAAAACAGGAUUGAUUAAGACAGAGAAAUGUGGCUUUGGAUUGAUAGCCGAGGACGAAAUAAAGAAAGGAGAAUUUGUUAUAGAAUAUGUAGGAGAAGUUAUUGAUGACAGAACUUGUGAGGAAAGACUAUGGAAAAUGAAGAGACAACGUUACACUAACUUCUAUCUUUGUGAGAUCAGUAGCAAUAUGGUCAUUGAUGCGACAAACAAGGGGAACAAGUCCAGGUUUAUCAAUCAUAGUUGUGAACCAAACACAGAGAUGCAGAAAUGGACUGUGGAUGGACAGACCAGAGUUGGAAUUUUUGCUCUUCGUGACAUAGAGAGAGGGGAGGAGCUGACCUAUGACUAUAAAUUUGUCCAGUUUGGAGCAGAUCAAGAUUGUCAUUGUGGGUCUUCAAACUGCAGAAAAAUGGUUGGCACGUCUAAGUCGUUCAACUCAUUUGUUCUUCACAAUGGCAACUCAGGAAGCUCGCAAGAUCAGCACGACAUAAAGAAAAGAAAGACAACCUCAGAUAAUUGUAUUGGGGAGAUCAUCCGUUUAUGGGAUCGACGAGAUAAAAUGUAUGUCCCAGCAGUUGUACAUGACUAUGAUGAGUACACUGGAAUGCAUACUUUACUGCUUGAUGAAGAAACUACUGAAAAAUUUGAUAUGAGAGAGGAAGAUUGGGACUUCCUACCGCGCCCAGAAGAUCCAGAAGAAGACUGAUUGAUUAUUGAAGGUUACAAUGAUGACUAACUACUUAUAACAUAGUGCUAUUUUCAUAUUCAGACCCUUCUUUUGUACAACUGGCUAUUGUUAAAAUUACAUUUUCUUUUGUUCAUCCUGUUAAUUUUAUUUUCUGUUUUAGUUAUUUUUACCGUUGUAUAAGUGCGCCGAGAAUAUAUCCAUGCGGCACAAUAGGAUAUUGACUUGAGCUGUUAUCUGAUAGAUACAGAGCCUUGACCAUGACCUUGAACUUUGUUUAUGUGGCGAGGAAGGGGUUUCUUCA